UCUACCUAUUUCACAUGCUGUGAACUGCAUAAUUAUACCAAUUAAAACUGUUGACAACAUGUCCGUAGUUCGAUCGAUCGUUGUGUUGGCCGAGAAAGUUCAUCAGGACUUUGCAUCGUUUUCCCCCCUGUCAGUGGUGCAGUACAGAGGUCUUGGCAAGGGACAACGUACAUGUAUAGUCGUUCUGAGGGCCUGUGUACACAUUGGCAUGCACAUAAAAGAUCACUUGUCAGUUGGAAUUCGAUAUAAGCAUAGGCUGUAGCACCGCUGUCCAGGCAAAAUUUCCCUCAUCAUACCACACUCUAUGGCUUAUGCUCGUCUUCAUAAGCCCAGUCAAAGCAGAACAGUAGGACGUUAAACCUCAUUUCAUUUCGUUUGUUAAGUAUAUAUUAUGAACAUGUUAGUAACUAAGUAAGACAGCUGAUCACAAUUUAGAGUCAAACAAUUUCUACUUUUGUUACUUUAAGAUCUACUUAUUAUUAUAAAUAUUAAAUCCUUCUCUCUUAUUUAAUUCAGGUUGAAGAUAUUUGUAUAUUUUGUUAAACUUGUUAUAUAAAUAACACUAGAUAUCAGAAUUAAACAGCCAUCAUGCAGUCACUGGAUGUAUGUAAGAAAUCGUCUGGUAAGAUCUGGCAUCGUAAGCCAGUACCGUCCAGUGACAAUGGGUUAUUGGUUAAGAUUAGUAGUAAUAUAUCUGGAGCUCUGACAUCACCUGGUAGAUCGGUACGAUUUCUACAUGCUACCUUUAAUAAAACAGGUGAUAUAUUUCUAGCAGGUGAUCAUCAAGGUCAUAUUUACAUGUUUGAUCUCGAUCGAAACAGGUUUAAUCUAGUAGAGAAGAUGGGUGUACCAUGUACAGCUUUAUGUUUUAAUACUGUAAGAACGUCCGAGUUUCUAGUAGCAAUAGCUGAUUAUACCUUACAGUGUUAUGAUACAGAUAGUAAAUCUAUUAUAGCUGUAAUGAGAGGCCAUAAAACAGCUAUACAUUCCAUAUCGAUCCACGCUUCAGGACGUUACGCAAUAUCAACAUCAUCCGAGAUAGCCUUACUCUGGGAUCUCGAGAAUUUUACACUACAGAAAAAACUUACAAAUAAGGAAGACAUUGGAUUAUUGAAGGUUUUUUUCCUGCCGAUGAGUAAUACUAUUAUAACUUGUUUUCGUGAUGAUUCAAUAUUUGCAUGGGAAUCCGAAACGUUAGAUUGUAAAUAUCAGUUACCUGUAGCGGACGGCGAGAAACCACAAUAUAAAGUCUUCGCGGCUACCAGAGAUGGUAGAAUAUUAGCUGCUGGAGGUAAAUCACGAUAUAUACAUCUAUGGUCGUUAGAUACACGUCGUAUAUUACGUAUUAUAGAAUUACCUAAUAAGGUAACAAGUGUUAAACAGGUAGAGUUUUUACCUGACAGUUUUCAUACAGGUGUUGAUCAGGUAUUAGGAGUACUAUGUCAGGAUGGUAUUAUGAGGUUUAUUAAUAUCGACACGUGUAAACUAUUAUUUGAUAUCGGUACGGUAGAUAAUAAAGUUUAUAAUAGUAUUAUUAGUCCAGCAGCACGACAUAUUGUAUGUAAUAUGGAAGAUGGUAGUGUAAACGUUUAUAGCGUCGCAGCUCUUUCAGCAGAGUUAAAUAAGCCGCCUGCUCCGUUAGUAAAAGUUGUAACUGGUAAUAAGAUGUGUGAUACGAUAUCUACAACUGGUGGUAGCGAGAAGACAGAUAAUCGUACGAUAGAUGUCACGACACGAUCUCAUUCAUCACAUCAUUCAUCUCGUAAAUCUACAAAUAUUACCCAGGAGUCAACACAGGCGAGUUUACCUGAUGGUAUGGAAAUGGAUAAAUUGAUGGCCAUAUUAAAAGGUUACGGUGAAUAUCCUUCUAAAUACAGGAUGUUUAUUUGGAGAUCUGUGUUACGAUUACCAGAGAAUCAUGCCGCUUACGGAGCUCUCGUAGAUAAAGGAACACAUCCAGCGUUUGCUAAAAUGCACGAAGUUUAUCCAAUAAAAAGUCGGAAAUUAUUGCGAGUUUUACAAAGAAUAUUAUCAGCAUUAGCUCACUGGUCUCCUAUAUUUGGUGAAACUCAGUACCUACCCAUGUUAGCAUUUCCUUUCGUUAAAUUAUUCCAGAAUAAUCACCUGGUUUGUUUCGAAAUAGUUGCUACCUUAUUAGUAAAUUGGGGUUGUCAUUGGUUUGAGUAUUUCCCGAAUCCCCCGAUCAAUAUACUAGCUAUGAUAGAGAAUGUAUUAGCACAUCAUGAUAAAACAUUAUUACAACAUUUUGUUAAAUAUGGUGUAACCUCACAGGUUUAUGCCUGGCCAUUAUUAGAAUCUGUAUUUUCUGAAGUGUUAACGAAAGAAGAAUGGUUAAUGUUAUGGGAUAACAUAAUAAGUCGACAUCCAUCCUUUCUAUUGAUGUUAGUUGUGGCCUACGCUAUCUGUGCCCGUGGUCCUCUAACACAGAGUACAGAGCUAGAUGAUUUUAAGUAUUUCUUCCAUCAUCGUAAUGCUGUGGAUAUAAAACUGGUGAUAAAAGAAGCGACUAGGUUGAUGGAGUCUACACCUCCCGACAUCCAUCCACGUAAAUCGUUGGACAAGUUUAAACCUCUAACUAAAGGACAGUAUCCAGUGUUUAAUAAAUAUCCUAAAUAUAUCGUCGAUUAUCAGGUACAAGAAAGAGAGAGAAUACGACAGGAAGAAGAUGAAUAUCUGAGACAAAGACAGUUAUCAUUGAAUACGGAACAGGAAGCUAGAAAACGUCGAGAAGAAGAAGAAGCAUGGUAUCGUCAACAACAGUUAUUGCUAGAGGCCGAGAAUAAACGACGUCAUAUGAUACAAGAAGAAGAACAGAAACUAGGAGAUCAAAGAAAACGAUUGUUUGCUAUGAAUAGAGAAAUCAAGUUAAAAGAAUUACAUCUACUUGAUGCUGCUAGACGAAAGUUUCUACAAUUCCAGAAACAUCAGAGAGAAUCUGAUUUAAAACGAUUGGAUGACGAGAUGCAGAGAAAGGCGUUAUUACGAGAUCAAGAAACAGAAGCUGCUAUAGAAGAAGCUGAAAUCAGAAAUCUUGAAUUACAAUUACAGCGUAAAAUGUUUGAACAGGAAUUAUUUCGCGAUUUUGCGAUAACGUCCCAACAGUUGAGAUCUGAAGAAGAUGCUCAUCGUAAACAAGAAGAGCUGGAGACGAGAAUUCGACAGAGAAUACAAAAUGCUGAAUAUGAAAGACAAAUGGAAGUUAGAAAGAUGAUGGAACAGAAUUUAGCGGUUGCCAGUCAACAGAAUGUUGAGAUGCGAACACAUAAAGAGAUAGAAGAUAGAUUCCAUGUUGAAGAUCUUGAGAGAGAAGCUAAAAACGUUCAAUUAGCACGUAUACAUACACAGAAUCGAUCUUUAGAAUCAGAGGUUCAUGAUUUGAUGCAAAAAUGUCAGAAGGAAAGACAAAAAGAUACGGUAUCAGGUUAUAAAGAUCUGGGGUAUGAUGUAGAGGAACGAGUUAAUAAUAGUAUGAGAGGAUUGGAUAGAUUAGAGAUAAAUAGACAUAUAGGUCAACAACAUACAGAUAGUAUAACACAUCAAGCUGGUACAUCUAAACAUCUGAGUUUUAAAGAAACAGAUAUGUAUGAUAAUUUACCACCAGAAGAUCCAGACAUGUCAGCUAGAGUAUCGUUUGAGAGAAGUGGUAAAACAUUUGAUGAGAAGGAACAGGAAUUAUUACGUGAAGUGAGAAGAUUACGGCAAAGACUCGCCACGGAAAACCGACAUAAAAAACCACCACCUUUAAUCACACAUUAAUCGUUUAUUUAACUUAAAUCGUGGAUUGAUGAUACAUUAAUCAGGCCUUUGUGAUUGAAGCGUGAAAUAAAAAUACUGAAAUUAGACAAAUCUGUGACUGAUAUAAUGACCGGUGCCAGAGUAUUGUCGUUGAUAUUAAUAUAUUUAUUUCUAAUGCUAGAUUAACAACUAAAUUACCAAAAUAUCAUCAACAUUCCAUACCCAUGUUGUAUAGCAAAACAAACUCAAAUUAUUAAUUCCGAUAAAUUUAUAAUUACACAAGGUACAACUAUUAUAAUAGGUUGAUGUGUGUAGAGAGUUAUAUAAAAAUAUCUUGCAUGGUUCGUGAAUUAUAAUCCAGAAACAAACAUAGUACAGAAUAUUUAAAAUCCAAGAAAUUUCUAAAUAGCAAAAGGAACAACUACUAUAAUAGGUUGAUGUGUGCACAUAGUUUUAUGAAAAUAUCUUGAACGGUUUAUGAGUUAUGGUCCUAAGAGACAGUCCGUGAUAUUACAAAACGUCUGAAAUGAAAGUAGGUUUAAUUAUAAAAAUCAAACACCAAAAUGUACCAAUAUACCGGAAGUCUAUAUUAUCUGGUCAAAAAAUUUCAAAUCUAAAUAUUGAGACCUGUUUUAAAAGUUUGUGAUUAUAAUAUCAGAGUUAAUUAGAUCAUCUAUACAGGAUGUUACUCUUUUAGAGACAUUUUAUAGUAACUGGAUAGAGCAAUAAACUAUAACAUAUAUUAUGUAAAUUAAAGAUACAUUAUGGGAGAUUCGAUAACGAGUUGGCAGUUCUCACUAUAAUAGUUAAAAACUAGAUAAUGUAAGGGCAAUUUGCAGAAAAUUUCAGUCAAAUUGAUCCACUAUGAACCAAGAACUAAGCGAUUGAAAUUUCCGCCUAGCCUCGAUCAUCAUUACUAAAGUCAGUAUGAUAAACAGCAUAGUCACGAUUAUACAUUUAAUCCUUAAAUCGUGAAGGAAAGAUAUGCAGUAAAUCGGCUCAUAAUCCAAUAAAGAUCGCAGGCUAGCGAUGCCAUCUAGAGUUGAUAAAGACGUGCAAUAGACAGAUUUAGCUCUUACAUAAUGCAAGGUUUAAUUCGCUGUUUUUUUAUAGUUUUAUAUACACAUACUAAUCUUCAUAAUUAAACGAUGAAAUAAAAUUGUAAAUAUAAUUUGUAAAUAAAACAUAUAUUUAUUUAUUGUAUAUAAAAUUAGAGAGAAGAAAUAUGAAAUAAUAUUCUGUGUAAAACUCCCCCACAGAAUUAAUAUAAGUUUAUAAAUAUCUGUCUAUGGACCAGUCACAUAAACGAUCCCUUGACAGAUGGAAUUCGAUAUAAGAGUAGGCCAUAGGGCGGCUGUCCAGGCAAAAUUUCCCUCAUAGCACACUGUAUGGCGUAUGCCCGUCUUCAUUAGCACAGUCGGAGCAGAACAGUAGGACGUUAAACCCCAUUUCAUUUCAUUUCUGACCAGUAAUCAUGUGGUAAAUAAGGUACAUUUAGCUUUCCACUUAUCACAAGAUAAAACCACAAUUAAAUGUUAAUAAACAGUUGAAAAAAGAUGAGUCUUUAUAUAAUUAAUUGCUUCUUAAAACAGACAAGAAAUUGUGAAUUCUUUAAGGUCAAGGGUAAAGCAUAUCCAUAGGUUUGGUACAGUGCAUGAGAAGCAUCUGUGACUGAAAGACUUAAUUCUAUAGUCGGGUACCAAAAGACCGUUUUCAUUUUGAGGAAACAGGUUUUCUGUGUUAUGUUUUACCUGGAAAUUGUCCAUAUAUUAUUAUCUGUCCAUUUAUAUAUUCAUAUGUAUAGAUUUCUAAUUAUGGUCAUGAUUAACAUUCAAUAAAAAUAUCAGUUUUUCAAUA